UUCUCCCACCCCCAAUUCCCAUUAUUUUCUCCUCUUUCCAUUUUAAGAGCUCUAUAAUCUCCAUUUUUGAAGUUCUCAAGACCUCCCCAUUUAGUUGUCUCUAAGGUAACCAUCCCUUCUCAAAUAAUGAGGUCAGAAGAAUGUGGAGCGAUGGUUGCAUCCUUUGGAGAGCACCUGUUAAUGGGAAAGCCCCUGGUUCCAGAGUGUGAAUAUGCAAACAUGUGGAACAAGAGAUGUCAAUACGUUGUUCCUUUGUGGCGAUUGAGGAGGGUGGAAGAAGCAUAUGAAUUCCUUAUAAAUUGUGUGUAUAAGUGUCGUAAAUGUCUGUCUUGGUUAUACUUGUUUGUCUACAGGUCCGAAGAAUGUGGAGCGAUGGUUGCAUCCUUUGGAGAGCACCUGUUAAUGGGAAAGUCCUUGGUUCCAGAGUGUGAAUAUGCAAACAUGUGGAACAAGAGAUGUCAAUACGUUGUUCCUUUGUGGCGAUUGAGGAGGG